GCCGUUCUGUGUUAUCAGAAAUUAAAAAUAAACAAAGGGAUUACACAAUUUCUAAGCAAUAUUCCAUACAGUAAUCGUUUAAAUGUUUACAGUUGGUGGUUUCGACAAGUGUCCCCAUUUCUUUUACAAAUAAGUAAAUUAAAAGACAUAUAACAAGACCCACACAAAGGCGGGUUUCCCUCCCUCCAAUCACUCUAAUGUCAUACGGCACUUUCUUUGUUGUUAAUUCAAUUUACCCACACACAGGGGAAGCGAAAUCACCUUCAUCGGUGGUGCAUACCCGUGCAUCACUUCCUGCUUUCAGUGCCUGCGAGAAUAGAUUGCUUGUAUCAAAUUCGAUCCCCAGUUCGGACGGAGGUGUAACAGCUGUGAUAGUGCUAGGGAAGCUGCAGGAACGGACAUACACACAUCGGAUGCAAGUGGGUGUUGAAGCAAAGCGUUGUCUAUAAAUGGCCCCGAUAGCAUAGAGUGCAACGUCCCCUCCCACUGCACCGCAAAGCCAUUGUUGUUUAUGUUUACGUGUGUGUGAUUUUUUCCCUCUCUUCUGCUGUGCCUCUUUGCUGGGAAUAAACCAUCCAUUCCAGUGCAUCCCGUGGUCGUGGGGCGUAGAAUGGCCAUGGAGAACGGGACGGAAUCCAUCGAGGACGAUCUGGAUAGCAGCGCGACGGAAGCGUUUGACCAAAGUACGUUGAGCAUGAAGCAACAAACCAAGGGCACCGUGCAAGACAUUUGGCAACGGCCCACUAGACGACCGCUGCCGAAUGCUGGCGAUGUGGUGCUGUGCUUCGAGAUUCCGCUCGCACGCAUACUACCCACCGGAUCGGCAGCCAGCGAUGGACAGCCAGUGUCGGCGGCCGCCGGCAAAAAGUACGUCAUAUACGAGGUAAACGUGCGGAAGGAUGGCCCCGGGCCGGACCCGUACCCGACCAGCGUCGAGCGGCGCUACACCCACUUCCUGAAGCUGUACGAGGGGCUGCGGAAGGAUCAGCCCGCCCAGCUGCAGACGGUCUGCUUCCCGAAGAAGGUGCUGAUGGGGAACUUUACCGCCGAGCUGAUCGGUGAGCGCAGUGCCGCGUUCGAGUGCUUUCUCGACCAUAUCGUAACCGUGCCUUCGCUGCGUGAUUCGCCCCACUUCCUGGAGUUUCUGCAGGGCGACGAGCUGCGCAACGCGUGUCAAUUGCUGGACGAGCGGCGCAACGAGCUGGCGGUGCCGCUGCUCGAGAACUGCUUCCGGCUGCUGAACAAAAUCUUUCUGGACAAAUCGAAGUGUGUGCUGCUGCUGCUGUGCCGGUUGGUGGCUGCCUGCACUACCUCACCGAUACCGCACCCGUCCGCGGAACAGUGGGCCGAGCUGGCGCUGCGCCGGUACGAGCACGUGUGCGAUACGGAGCUGCUGGUGCUGUACAUUCCGCUGCUGCAGACGUGUCUGCAUCUCUGGUGGCAGCGGGGCCGCGACCGUACCCUGCUGGAGGAGCGGCUGAGCGAGAUGGGCAAGAAGGGUAUCAAGGUGAAGGGUGGGCCGACCCUUGCCCAGGCCAUACACGCGUUGGAUCCGCGGGCGGAGACGAUCUAACCCCAACCCAAGCAAGCAAGCAAGCAAGCAUACAAACCAACAAAAAGCAAUUUUGCAAAUGAUCAUCACAAGUGCAUCAAACCUUUACAUCACACAAACGAUGAGACUAAGCUUUUCCAUCUGUUUUUCGUUGUAAUUUUAUUCGUCCGUCUUAGGUUAAAAACACAUUUAGUUGGGGUUGUUUUUUUUUUUAAAUUAGUAUAUUUAAUAUUUUCAUAGUGCAAAACAAUGGUGCGCUUUUAACGCUUGUCGGCGUACAUUUGAGUGCCGCGAGCGGGCUUUGCAUUUUUUUUUUACUUUCGCAAUUGUGAUCGUGAUUGUUGGAGCUAUCGUAGAAGAGAGAAUUUUUAGAAGGCAAACGUUUAACUAUACAUUUACUUUUAUUUGUCACAGGCUUGGACAAUUUUAUAAAUAAAUUAUGCGAAGAAGUA